AUGAAGCAUAUUACUUUUGUCCUAACACUGGGCUUUGCUGCUUUUCUGCAGCAGGCCAAUGCUCAAGAGACCCCAUGCCCUCUACUAGGUGCCAUCUUCCCGCCCGUCCAGCAUCCGCUCCAGUCCAGUGCGUUUUCUGAUGCUAUUGCUCAGCUCAACACUACCUUCAAUGAGCUUGACCGUAAUGGCACUCUUGAAGGGUUCAACACUACAUUCUACGUCCAGGCCUUUUCCGCCUCGGACACCCUCUUCCAGCAUGGAUACGUCCCUCCCUCCAUGAAGAACUCCUUGACUUCAGGGACGCUCAACAAGGAUACCGUGUUCCGAGUGGGUAGUGUCUCGAAGCUUCUUACUGUCUAUACACUACUCGCUGAGGUUGGGAUGAAACACAUGAACGAUCCCGUGACAAAGUGGGUGCCUGAGCUCGCUCUUGCUGCGAGGAAGACCAAGGACGACCUCACCCGGAAGGUGCAGUGGAACGAUGUGACUAUUGGCCAGCUUUCCGGCCACAUGGCCGGCAUCAGCCGAAACUUCGGAUUUUUCGAUAUGAGUUCCAUCAUCGAAUCAGCUCACCAGAACCCCGAACUAUAUGGCCUCCCAGUUCUAAGUCGCAAAGAAAAACCACACUGCAGUGUCUCAGAUCCAUCCCUGAGGCCUUGCUCCCGUAAAGAAUUCUUCGAGGGGAUCACGACAGAAAACUUCUUCCCCAUCACAUCCACUGCGAACACUCCAGUGUACUCCAACGUCGCGUACCAAAUACUUUCCUAUGCUCUUGAGGGCAUGACUAGAAAACCAUUCAAGGAGUCUUUCCAAUCCUCCCUGACCGGGCCUCUGUCAAUGAAGCGAACGAGUCUCGAGGCACCCGAGAGCAAGGAAAACGCCAUGAUCCCCGAGAACGAGCAGACGUCGUGGUGGAAUAUCACCACUGCAGAUGGCAGCACCUAUGGCGGUAUGUUCUCUACAGCUGCAGACCUCACGCGGCUCGGCCAAUCUAUCCUCAAUUCUUCUAUACUCAGCCCCUCUGAAACCCGCUCUUGGAUGAAGCCCAUUGCCCAUACUGCCGACAUCCACAUGUCUGUUGGUAUGCCUUGGGAGAUCCGGCGCACACAGAUCCCCCUCGGACGCAGCGGAACUCGGGUCGUUGAUCUUUACACGAAGAACGGCGCCAUUGGACUUUACACUGCGAUCAUUGUUCUUUCGCCAGAACACGACAUUGGCUAUGUGGCGCUAAUGGCAGGAACUAACCGUGCAUACCUAUUAAGCUACCUUCCCGACCUCAUUGCGGAAGCGCUGCUACCAGCCGCCGAAACCGCAGCCCGUGAUAACUCCGUUAAGCGGUUUGCUGGGACUUUCAAGGGUCCCAAGAGCCAGCUGACAGUGACUAUGGACGAUACGCUCAUGGUACAGAACUGGACCCGGAGCGGCGUCGACGUGAUGGCCAUGCAAGCCGCGCUUACGUGGCCAGGGUUAGAUGUGACACCGGUGCUAAGGCUGUACCCAAUGGGGUUGGAAGGAAAUAAGAAAAUGUCUUUCAGAGGUAUCUUUGAAGCUCGAGCCGUAAACGAGUCUUCAGAAGGGUCUGAGGAGACCGCGACAGAUGUGAACAUUGGUCCUUUCAGUGGUGGGUGUCUGUCGUGGGGAGCAGUUGACUCGUUAACGUACGGCAACAUUGGAGUUGAUGAUUUCGUAUUUGAGGUCAAUGGCGAUGGUGAGGCAACGGCUCUGGUGCCAAGGGUACUGAGGGAAACUCUAAGGAAGAUCGAUUAA